UUUUUGGUUUUUUCGAGAAAAUCUCUCUCUUAUUUGGAUGCAUAUUGAAUCAGUUGUUUGGAUUUGAAACGUUUCUCGAGUAUCCAACCGCCAUGGCUUCGUGUUUCCCUUAUCACCUUCGAUCAUAAGCUUUUGGGUUUUCUCAUUUUGAUCAGCCGGUUCGAUUCAAGGUUUCAGUUCGAUUCUCCAAUGGCGGGGAAGGAGAAGCAGCCAAAGAUAAUUACAGACAAGAACCAGAUGAGGACAUGGACCAGAGCCAUGAGAACUCAAGGCAAAACCAUCGCCCUCGUUCCCACCAUGGGGUUCCUUCACGACGGCCAUCUUUCUUUAAUCCAAGAAGCUCACAAGCAUACACAACUCGUUGUGGUCUCAAUCUACGUAAACCCUAGCCAAUUUGCCCCUUCCGAGGACCUCUCGACCUAUCCUUCAGAUUUCGAGGGCGACAUUCGGAAGCUCAUGGCUGUUCCUGGAGGAAUUGAUGUCGUUUUCCAUCCUCAUAAUCUCUACGAUUAUGGAGUAGAAUCAGCUAGGGAUUGUGCCGGAAAUGGCGGAAUGGCGGCGGUUUCUUGCUUGGAGGAGUCUGGUUCUGGGCAUGAGACAUGGGUGAGAGUCGAGCGUUUGGAGAAGGGGAUGUGUGGGAGCAGCAGACCUGUUUUCUUCAGAGGGGUUGCUACCGUUGUUACCAAAUUGUUCAAUAUUGUGGAGCCUGAUGUUGCAGUGUUUGGGAAGAAGGAUUAUCAGCAAUGGCGGAUUAUCAGGCGGAUGGUUCGAGAUCUUGAUUUUUCCAUAAACAUUGUGGGGUUUGAAAUCGUGCGCGAUGCCGAUGGUCUUGCAAUGAGUUCUCGCAAUGUGCGGCUCUCACCUGAAGAAAGACUAAAGGCAUUGUCUAUAAACAGGUCAUUGUCAAAAGCAAAAUCUGCAGCAGAAAGAGGUGAACUCAAUUGCAAAAGAUUAAAGAAUUUGGUCGUCGAUGAAGUACGGGAAGCUGGUGGAGAACUUGAUUAUGCUGAGCCUUCAACUUAGUUGAGAGAUAGUGUGGAGUUGUAGCUUGUCCUUUUUCAUGGUUUUAUUGGAUAGCCAUUUUUGCUGAUAAGAGUGCAAAUGUAGGGUUAUAUCAAUUUAAACCUUGAGCUUUCGUGAGUAUAUUAAUUUAUACCCUCCAUUUCAUUCCGAUUAGAUAAACGUUAAGUGAGACUUUUAAUUUUAUCAAUUAAAUUCACGAAUUUUUAGGAGAGAAUCAAUUUAGACUCUCGUUUAGAUAACCUUAAUAAAUGGUCUAAAUUGAUUCGCUUAUGAACAAUUUAAGAGUUUCAAUGAAACAAUAUAUAAGUCUCACGAUAUUUUUUUAAUGAAAAUUGGAGUGUAUAAAUUAGGGAGUUCUAAUCGAUACAACUUCUAAAGCUUAGUAAAUAUAAAUUGAUUUUCUUUUUAAAGCUUCUGGCCAUUUUAUGGACUGGAAAUGGGGCUGCUCAAAAGUUUAUUAUGCAUAAUUGCGAAAUCAUGGUUCAUUACUAGUCUUCCAAAAUGGAAGGAAAAGCAACUUCAAUUCUUCUCAAAACCAGAAGAAUCGAAGAUGUCUUUUUUAUCAUAAUGUUAUUGUUAACCACACUUGUAUUUACUGAUUUUUUUUUUUUUUUUUUUUGUUUCGGAAAGAAUGGACGUUAUUUUCCGACGAUGCCUCGAAACAACAAGAAAGUUUA